CCGUUGCGGCGGCCGCGGCGCAGAGCGCGGCUGCCUCGAUGGCGGUGACGGCUGUAGCGGUGCAACUGAUGGAGGUGGUCCACGGGGUGAAGGACAACGAUUGGCUGGUGAAGCUGCUGAGGGGCAUGAUCUGCGGGCCGGGUGCCGGCGACAAGCAAAAGAAGGACCGAUCCAAGAAGCGAGAGGCUUCCCUCAGGAGGUGCAAGGCCCUGGCACAGGCCCUGGUGAACGUCCAGCUGGGUCUCGACGAGGGGGUCAGCGCCGUACCCCCCGAUACCGGAAGGUGGGGGGUCCUUUGCCGUGCCAGCCCCUCCCUCCUGGCCCCCCACGUGCAAUCCCUUCUGCCGUACCUGAAGGGGGAGAACGGCCUCACCGCCGCACAAGAGUCGGAGAUCUGCAGACAGGUGUCAGACAUGGUGUACGAGGCGCUCCCGCUCAUGAAGAAUCCCGACCUGACGCAGAUGACAGAGCUGGCUGACGAUUUGGUCCAGCUGGCCUACCGCUUCGGCUCUGCCGUCGUGCAUGCCUCUCUACGGUGCCUAGCUAGGUUCUACGCCUUCGGCGGGGACGAGGGCGGCGGCGACGGCCAUCAAGAUCUGGAGGGCGGGGGUCCUUGGGGGUUUGGCCUAGCGGAUCAAGUAACUGAGCAGGGAGCGCGCUUGGAGGUUUUCGAGAUGCUUCGGGUCUACUUCACCAAGGCGAAAGGGCCGCACCUUCGAUCCAAGGCGCUUCAGGGGUUGGGCCAACUCUUGAUCGGCGCCCCGAGGCUGAUGCUGCUCGCGGACCAGCACGGCGUGGUGGGGGCCGCCCUCGCUGAGGGGGCCGGCGACGAAGUGCUGGUGCAAGCCCUCAGGUGUUUCAAGGACAUCCUCGAAGCCGAAGAGGAUCGGGUAGAGACCGGUCUCGCCAGGGUCGACAUGGAAGCUACAGGUGUAACCGUCGCCCAGCGCGUCCAAGGCGACCAGGACGGCGAGAGCUCGGUCGUGGGCGGGGUGUUGCAGAUGCACCUCGCAGCCGUCCUGUCCCGCCUUUUCCACAGGAACCGCGUGGUCAACCCGGUGGAUGUGGUUCCGCAGCUGCUGGCGCUGGGCGGCGACAGCGCGGGUUUCGUUCGGGCAGAGGCGUUUCGACUUCUCACGGUGGAGGACAGCAAGAACGGCGAGUUCAUCCGGACCAGGCUGUUGGACGGGCUCUUCAUGGCCUACACGUUCCAGCAACACGUGCUGUGCGACUGGAGGCCGCUCCUGCCCAGCACCGACCCCGCGGCGGGAGGCAUGGGCGGGGGCUGCUCCAUCGUUGGACCCGCCUACACGCUGUGCGUUCGACCGCAGAGACCCAGCCGUUACUCGUGCCUCAGGCUGCUCCUGUCCCUCUUCUCGGAGGCGAAGGCGUGGGAGCUGUCCUCGUUCGUGUCGUCCUCCAAGGAAAAACUGGGAGUUUCGUGCGUUGUUGUUGGUAGCGGCGACAGGGGUCGGGUAGGGGGGGAGGACCCUUUUGUCGGGGCGACGCAUCCAUCGGCCAAGAGGGCGAGGAAUUCCCUCAGCAGAUCUUCCAGCCUAGGCCCAAGCGAACGCGCGAAAAUGGGGCCUCUGGACAUGCGGGCGCUGUCGUUCGUGUGCUGCACCUUGGCAGGCCUGCCGUACCAGGUCCAGGAGGAGCCUCUCUUCGUCAUCGACUACGUCAACCGCCAGAUGUCGCUGCAGGGGAGCCAGUGCUUGGAGCUGCUGCACACUCUUCUCGCGAGAAAGGGCGUGCCGACGCCCCCCCCAGAUAGCGACGACAUUGAGGAAGACGAUCUGGGCUUGCAUGCGGCGAGAGAGCGUCAGGAAGGAGGGCACCGAGUCAGCGGUGUCGCCGAUCUCACCACCCCGGAGCAUAACAGCGAAAACGGCAAUCCGCGGGCCCUCUCGCGCUCCGCCACGGCACCCCCUGCCGUGGGCGGUGACGGGGCGUCAUCGGCAGCGGGUAUGGGAGCGGCCAAUGCGGAAGAGGAGAACAUGAUGCAUCUUAGGAAGACGUGCUCCGCAGCCGCGGCGUUCAGCAUGCUGCUUCGGCUCAAGGUUUACCUCAAGUCGGCUUACGGGCUGACGGCGGCCAGGUGCCAGUCCUACAAGCCCAAUGAGGCCACGAAGGCCAAUGAGAAGCAAGCGCAAUCCCCGAACCCUCCCCCGGAGACGUUCAAUCCCUUCACUACGGCCAAGAAGGGGGCAGGGAAGAACGUUGUCGACACCUCUUCCAUAGCGGCUGCGGCCGCGUCAGCCGCGGAAGUCCUGGACUCAGGGUCUCCGGUGGAACUGUCGGCCUUCUACAUGGAGUUGAGACGUCUCGCGCAGGACGACCCCGAGGAUUAUGCCGGCUGGGAGGGCCUGCAGGAGGCCGUGUCCGACGGCCAAGACGGCGGCGGGGGCGGCGAGACCGAUGCCGGUUCGGGGUCGGACAACAACGCCCCCAAGAAGCGCGGCAAGAAGCGAGGGUUGGCUUCUUCGAGCGGGGGUGCGCGCGCCAAGAAGAGGAGAGCGAGCGCGGGGGACGCGCUUUCGACAGCCAAAAAACGAGGUGGCGUCGGCGGCAGGGGGAAGGGGGUCAAGGCCAAGGGCAAGAAGCCGAAAACCGCAAGACGGCGGAAGAGCACGGGGGGGUUUGCGGGCGUUAGCGAUAGCUCGGGGAGAGACGACGACGACGACGAAGACGACGACGAGGACUGGGCGUAGGCCGGGUGCACAGUUGGGUGUGUUCCUCGUGGUAUUGUUGUAUGUUUGGUCUCUUGCGGAUGGGGGUUGGGCGCUGGGUGACUCACUCGAAGAACGCGCUCGUCGUGUCGGCACUCGAGGUACCUCUACCUGCUGCUGGCGCUCGAGCUGUCCGUUCCCGAUUUGUGCUGGUGGUGUUCACCCUUUUCCUGGUGAGGGCGGUCGGCGAUGAGGUUGGGGUCGCGGCCUAGGACGCCUGUUACCAGCCCCUAUAGGCACUUUGACGCGCCUGCCGCCCGCAACAGCAACAUCUCAUUUAUUUUGCUGAUUGGGCGUGCCGAGAUUUCUGCCGGAGAGACCAUGGAUUUAUUUCCCUUUCUCUGGUGCGUAGGGCGUAGGAUGAAUGUCGCAAGUUGCAACAAUAGAGCCGGAAAGCAGAAGAGGAAGGGGAAAAACUACUGCCGGUCUGCCGCCCCCCCGAGCUGGUAAGGGUAGAGGUCGCUAUUUUUCAUGGGCGAAGUGGACUGCUGCCGCCCCCGUGAGUUGGCAAGGGGUAGAGGUCCCUGUUUUCCAGGGGCGAUCUGGACUGGAUAUUUGUAGGGAAUAGCAAAUUAGCACAGUGUAAAUCUGCAGGAAUUUUACGCCGACGACAGAAAAAACGGGUGCCGAGCAUGGGCGUACGAUCGAGGGGGGGAUCACUCGGCUUUUGCGGUCGGCGGUCGACAUGGAAAGAAGUAGACCAAGCGUUUCGUUGACGGCGGCGCGAUUAUUUGGAGGAGAGGCAGUAGUAUAUCGUGGGGCCUGCAUCAGUAGUGUGAGAGUUGUAUUACAUACACCAAACGGUCGAGGGGAGCAUGCGCCGAAGCAAGGUAGCUGUAGAGGGGCGGGGAGGGCGAAGGAAUUGCGUCGCCGUUCUGUUACGCGCGGGUUGGCUCUACCUCACUGCAGAUGCGGCGUCUGGGAUUUCUGGCGUCAGGGCAGCUUUCAACGCGAAACAUACAUGCGGCGUGAUGAUAUUCUUUUUAUUGGUUAACGAUCGCUCUCUUCCUGAAGAAAGCGAACCGCUCUUUCGUCCUCACUAGGAGGACCCUCCGUCGGGUAUGGACUGGGGUUGUCAUUGUGUGUUUGUAGAUGGUGGUUUACGGGAUAGAGGUACUUUUUCGUCGUCUCUUGGUGUGUUGUGGGUUGUGGGGUCGUUUGCAGGACACUCUCGCCGCCUGAAAAGUAUUAGGCAAGAGCAGCGUAAGUGGAUCGUUGGGUACUUGCUAGAGUUCUCUGGCCAGUCGAGCGUGCACUGCAGUACAUCGGCGUCCGCAUGGCGUGGGUGCUCGCUACGGUUAUUGGCGCACGCGGUGUUCAUAUGGGAGGCCGGACGAUGCACCGUUUGGACCACCACGAAAGUGUGUCGCGCGCAACACUCGUACUGCUGUAGCACACACGAAACCUAUAUUUGUAGUGUACCAUAGAGUUUCUGGAGCGUCGUCCUUCCCUUGUACGCGAGCGGUGUUGGAUUGGAUCAUCGACAGAACAGUCAAGGGAGGGCAGGCUCUCUCCGCGUGAGCCGUACGUGGAGAACCGUGUUUUGUAGUGAUAUUUCAAUCGCUGUGGUAUCUGUCUACUUUAGUCUACGCCCUCAACGAGCAAUGUUUGGUCACGCCGCGGCGACCAGGCAGUGGAAAAAGCGUUGGGUCUUGCGGAGAGCGAAGGAUCAGCGGAUCACGUUUAAGUUAGUGGCUGUUUCGCGCAAAUACCAUGUACAUCAAGCAACGGCGUUGUUCAACCUGGGGUUUUGAAUGGCGGGAAUGACCAGUCACGUUGCGUUCAUUCCGUACACUUCGGCAGGGUGUGGGGAUUCGUUAGAGACGUUUCAUGAAGGCACAGUGCUGCUGCUCUCUCUUGUGUGUGCCACUGGCUGGUGUGAAAUAGGCAUGUUCCUUGGGUGACAUCAAUGCUCGGUCUAUAGUAGUCUAUACAUGGAUUCAAUUACAGUCCUGGCUCCGUUAUAAGAGGGUACCUCACAAGAGGGGGCUCCGACACAAAGGGGUCGAAAUCGUUUGUCACGGACUCGAUUCGCUAUAGUAGGGUAUCCCUCUUGUACAGAGACCGGACCCUAUAUAGUGGAGUCACCCCACUAAAGAGGGGAAUUACCGCACUAUCGGGCUUGAAAGUGAGGGACUGUCGCUGGUGUAAGGCUCCCCCGGCGUUUAACUCACACACAAACACACCUACCUUCCUCACAACAACGCCGCAGGAAGAACAGACCAGAGAGGAGCUGCCAAUGAACAGUGAUAUUUUGGUGAAAGCGGUGGCAAAUACAAGGAGGAUGAACGAGGUUUUCGUGUGAUUGAGAGCGAAGUUUCUGAUUGAGAGCGAGAUUGCGCGAUGCGCUGUAGCUGGACUACCGCUGAGAGGUGGAGCUUGCUGCGUGACUUGAAUUGAAGGCCUAGCCCGUAGCAACAAGGGGUCAUCCUGUGGGCGUCUCUCGUUGUGGAGCUACAGCGGGGAGCAGAAUCUACAGCAGAGCUCACCGCCUGCGAUCAAAUCGCCCUGAAACAGUUUGAGGCAGGAAUAGCCAAUCUGGGGAAAUCUAGCAACUUGUCUAGCUCCUAGCUGCAGCAUCCGAUCGCGAUGACACGCAUAUGCUCGUGACGCUGCUGAUGAGACCUUCAAUUUGCGCCGCUUCUUGGAAGAGCCCGCCCCCUACUUCCCAAGAAAUGGCAAGAGGCGUCUGGACCCGAAAUUUCAAUUUUUUUGGCUCCCGCUCUCAAUCGUAUACUCCGCUCUCAAUCAGGCGAAAACCCUGUUGAACGUGCAAAGAUGAUGAAAGCAUGAAAGCACUCCGAAACGAACACGUGUGUAAAAUUAGCAGCCGAGGGGGGCUGUUUGUGCUAGGCUAGAAUUUCGUCCCUUUCAGCAUAUGGUUCAAAACCUGCAGCGCAGAUAGACCUUAAUAGUUCUCUAUAUAUUUAUUUAUUUAUUUUUGCCUUCCGACAAUUGCAGAUGUACCUCAGAAAACUUUCACUUAAUGUCUCAUACUCUACAUGAAUAUUAAACCAAUACGAAGUACAACAACAUAUGUAGGACUUAUUUCUACUGUCAUUUACAUCGUAAAAGUAUCUCCUCUUCAACUUACCAAUGACAAUCCUGAUGGUAUCCUAUAUGCGUUCGUAAGCUUGCUAAAAUACUACUGCGUUGAUGUCCGCUUGUAAAAGCUGAAAUCCAACAAAUGCUUUGAUCCAUGCUACAUCUCCGUGUUGGAAAAGCCCUUUCAUCUCCGUUCAUGAUAACAUCUUACCCUAUUCUACGCAAAUCUGUCACAUCUACUCUCAAACAAGACGCCAACUUCAAACGAAAACGCGUUCUACGAUGCGUCUACACUCCAUCCCCAUAUCAUUGGCGUUGACUGGUCCGAGGUCGAUCUUGUUCGCCUGUUUUCGGCGUCUUGACGCCCGCGCAAUGCGAGCUUGUACCUCUGCACUCGCCGAGAUAUGGCCACCUGUGUAGCCACCGAAACGAUCUGAAGAAGUCGUUCCUUGAAGACUCCUUUCAGAGCCAUCGUUCCUCCGUCCCUUCCUCCCACGGCAUGUGUCGCAAGUUCAUCGAUGAACUCGUAACCCUCCUCUCCAAGGCGGCCAAAGCUUUCCACGGCUAAGGUGGUGCAAUUACAGCACUCACAUGAAGUUAGUUGCUCAUGGUGGCAGACGUGUCGAGGAAAUUGUAACGUGGUUGUUCGACUCUGUAGACUAUGUACGCGUGUUAAAUGCAGGCAUGAACAUGUUCUUUACCUCCUAUUUAGUAUCAAUGGCUGCGUCAUGUUGGCUGCGAGGCAAUUAUUCUCUGCAGAUGUUCCCACACUCCGUGAACGAAAAAAACAAAACGGGAAGCGUUGCCGAUACGAUCACGAUCACCCGGCUUGCUUCGGGCGUGUGAACUCGAGCAACGAGCCCACCACACGCGCCUUACAGUCCACCACACAUCGUCUACAUACUACAUACAUGCUUAUACACCUACACGGCAUACUGGUACGCUGUGCCGUAGUCAAAGUGCCUUUGUUGCUCGAGAUUUCCCGACUUUCCCUUUACAAGAGGGUACCCUACUACGGAGCACCCUCAUUCAACAGGAGAACCCUCUUACACCGGGCUCCGAUUCGAGAGGGUGGAGAGCCGUUGUCACACCACCCUCUUCUAACGGAGCCACGACUGUAUUUGAAAGCGUGCGCUGGCUCUCUUGCACAUGUAGUAUCAAUCUCGUCUGCUAGUGCUCAUUUUGCCUCUCAACAAUGACCACACCCUUUUCCUGUUGUCGCACGAACACCGCAUCGGAGGGACAAAUGUGGAGAAAGAGCGUGGGCCUUUCUUUGCAAUCUGUGGCCGUGGCCGGACAUCGUUUGACUUACACUACAUAGGGCCGUUCGUUUUAAACGGACCGACUUUUUGUCAAAAUUUUUGAAAGUGUCGAAAAAAUGGAACCUGUAUGUAGGCGUUUGUCCAUUAUUUUCAAAAAUAUUUGGAACGAAGUUGGGCGCGAAAACUUUGCUCCACUUCGUUCCAACUUGUUGACAACCCUCUCAAAGUAUUUGGAGCACUUUCCAAAGUACCCUUGCAGAGGCACGCGAGGGCUGCUGCGUCUGCACCACGAGUGCCCCUCACCGUAGAAAGUCAGCUAGGGUUGUGUGUGGGUCAUGGCCGACGUUGAUGAUGACGUGGAAAGUCGCUGUUGCCAACGUUGACGAUGCUGUCUGCUGUUGCUGUGUCGUCCGAAAAACGGCGGUCCGCCAUGAUGGCUUGCAGUUGUUGCUUCGCGUCCGCCGCUUUGUUUUUUCCUUUUCCCGGGGGGGUAGGAGCAGUGGUUGCCACCCCUCGCCGGCGGAGUGCUCCACCCUCGCUCUGAGUGUUGGUGGCGGCAGCGCCUCCCGUGGUAACAUGAGUGUUCCCCGAGAUGCCAGGCAACAGCACUAUCAUGCUGGAGAGCAAGCCUCCACCGCCUACGGCGGCACCGAGAGAGCCCGUCUGCUGGAAUUUCGCCGGGGUUUUGGUCUGCCGGCCACGCUGGGUGGUCGUGAUAUCCAUGUCGGUGUCCAUGAUGUCGUGUUUUCCGCGGUUUGUGUUGUGUCGUGUGUGUUGUCUCGAAGUGAGCGCUACAACUCACGGACGGCGUCAUUUUUUUUGACACAAGUUGCACAAGUCCACGUCACACGUUUGAAAUGACUGCACACAGGUUCCAGGUUUUUGAAAGACAAAUGUCGAAAAUCUGACAAAAAAGUCGGUCCGUUUAAAACGGCCCAUA